AUGCGAUCCCUCACUGAUCAUAACAAAGCUCUAUUGACCAAAGUGAAAAUAAGUCCAACGGCUGAGACGUUUUCGUUUUCAGGUGCUCGGGGUGACAAAGUUUGGGGAUGGCAUGUGCCGCCGUCGAGUGGUACUGGCAAACGAGCUCCACUUGCUUUUCUUAUUCAUGGUGGUCCACAGAGUAGUUGGGACGAUGUAUGGGGCUUUGGAUGGAACUUUCAAACAUAUUCCUCUCAAGGCUAUGCUGUCAUUGCUAUUAACUUUCAUGGUUCCGAUUCAUAUGGACAGAAUUUUACAGAUAGUAUUAUAGGUGAAUACGGUUCAUUACCUUUUGAAGAUCUUCAAUUGGGACUUACUUAUGCUCUGAAAAAGUUUCCUUAUAUUGAUCCGGACAGAGCCGUGGCAUUGGGCGCUAGCUAUGGUGGAUAUAUGAUCUAUUGGAUUGCUGGACAGCCAGAAAUGAGUCGUCGUUUCAAAACACUUAUUUCUCAUAAUGGUCUGUUUGAUAUGAGAGCCAUGGGUUAUUCCACAGAGGAGUUAUGGUUCAGUGAAAACGAUGCAGGCGGCUACACUCCGUGGGCUAAUCCCGAUGCUUACGAACGUUAUAAUCCAGUAAAUCAUGUUGCAAAUUGGACCCAACCAAUGCUAAUUACUCUCGGUGCUCGAGACUAUCGUGUUCCAGAUACUCAAGGAAUAAGUGCCUUUAACGCUUUGCAACGUCGUGGAAUCGAGAGUCGGUUGCUCUAUUUUCAUACCGAAAAUCAUUGGAUACUAAAUCCACUUAAUUCUCUUGCCUGGUACGAACAAGUACAAGGUUGGAUGCACAAAUGGACAAAUUAG